GAGCUGAAGGACUACAGCUAAACUACUUGAAUAAUUUAUUCAAUUUAUUGAAUAGUCUACUAACCACUGAAAUGUCAGACAAGGAUUUGCUGCUGUUGGAAAGCUUCUUCGAGAACGACAGCGCAUUUGAGUCUGAUGAGACAGAUUUUGAUGAAGUGGAUUGCUCUUAUCCAUUGGCCAUGAGUGGCAGAUGCAACUUGCACAAUGGGCUAUGGAUUGAAAUUUCUGAUCAGCCGCACAGUAUGAAGCAAGUGGCAAACGUAAUAAUUGCCUCCCACAGGUUCAAACACACUCAGAAAUUCCAAUCCACAGAAUUCACCAACCAUGAGCUGUUCAACAUCAUCUUGGAGAGUAUAAUUGAAGAGAGUGCAGUGACAACGGUACAUUGUGAAUCUUUAAAGACUUACAACAAGCAAGAUAAAGUCGUCCAGUGUUCUAUGUGUGAUGGCUUAAAGAAGAGCCUGGUGCAGUUCCAAGGUGGUCACACCCUCUUAGCAGUCACUCUGAAGGCUGGAAACAGUAGUCGAAGUGUAUCAAUCAACCUGUCACCCUACACUACUCCAAGGUGUGGAGCCACCGUUGGCCUGCCAGUGUGUUUGGGGAUUGCGCAGAGCGACCUGUACCUUGCAUGUACAAAUGUUUCUGGAACUCCUAGUCUUAAUCUAGAGGUGGUGGAGGACAAAGAGGCGCUGAAGACUAUCUAUGAGAAUGAUGACAUGGAGCGUUUCCUCUUUCGCCGAAAAGUUACUGCAAAAUCGAUUAACACCUUCGAAUCAAUUAAGUACCCAGGCUGGUUCAUCAGCACUGCUAGGAAUGAAAACAUGCCAGUGGAUAUGUGUGUUGAGGAGGAUAGCCAUCGUCAAAAAGUGUUUUCACUCCACAAUCAGAAAGUAAUCUAAGAAUCAGAUUUCAUUUGCAAUGCUAGCUUUCCCUGAAGUAUGUACUAAGUACAGUUAUAUAUCUGGAGGCUUAUGCUAUGUUUGUAUAUUUCUCAGUUAGAGAUUCCUGACUGGCAAUCAUAUCUUGUCUCAAGAAAUAAAAAGUUAUAAAGUUAUAAUUUUAAGCCAGGAAAAUUCUGGUGUUGUAACGUCCAAGAUGUUUUAUACAUACAUUAUUAUUUAUAAACUCUAUUUGAC